AUGGUCUGUAAUCAUUCCGUGUUUAACCCAACAAGCCACGCAAUUAAGCCACCUGUAGUCCAUCCAUCGCUAAAAGAAAUCGUUCGCACGACCUCUCGCUCGCCCGCACAACCUCACGCCCCCGUGUGCGGUUCCUCCCGCACGACCUCGCGCCACCGCGCGGUUCCUCCCGCACGACCUCGCGCCAUCGCGUCGUUCGUCCCGCAGCCGGGAGCAGGUCGUCGAGCCGCCGCCGGAGCCGCCCGGGCCGCGCCCCGCAGGUCCCCCAGCCGCCAUUCGCCACGGCCCGCAGGUCGCCGAGCCGCCGCCCCGGAGCCGCCCGAGCCGCGCCCCGCAGGUCCUCCAGCCGCCGCCCGGAGCCACCCUUCGCCGCAGGUCGCCGCCGCCGGAGCCGCCCUUCGCCGCAGGUCUCCUCCCUUCUGGCCACCCUGCCCUCCACCGCUCUUAUCUCCUCAUGAACGUGCAGGGGUUGGCAUCGGACUCACUACGGAGAAGAUCGCCAAGUACUUCUUAUACAUCCGCUGUAAACGAUCACCGUGCUGCGCCAAGAAGUGCCGCUGCCGCCUGGGUUCGCUAGCCGCCGCGUGGAGUCGCCCUGGCCGCCGUCUCGACUCACCUCCAUCGCCGCCGCGAAUCAACUCUGUUGCCGCCGCCAGGAAUCCCAUCGCCGGCAAGGGUGUGAGUCCAGUGACACAUAACAUUCAAUUAUGUGGAUUGAGGAAAUUAUGAUUAUUCAGUCAUUGAGGAUAUGGAAAGAGGCAUAAGGCAACAUGUUCUAUCAAGAAGUUUCGUUUGCAAAGUAGAUAAUCUUUAUUUUGAGCCUCCACCAAUUUAUUGUUCUCCCUGUGUUGCUCGGACAAAACGAAGUGCAUCA